AUGAAUCUGACACAAAAAAGAGUGAGUUCAAGCCUUCCUCAAGUAUUUGGAUUUGGAAGCAGAAGCAGCACCAUCAGGUCCUUCAAGUCCCUCGAUUCCUCCUCUAUCACCCAGGGCAUCCAUGUUUUCCAGUGCCCUGAUGCUGUUGGUAUUGUUGCUAAGCUAUCAGAUUGUAUUGCUUCCAGAGGCGGAAACAUUCUCGGUGCUGAUGUUUUCGUCCCUGAAAACAAGAAUGUCUUCUAUUCUAGAAGUGAGUUUAUUUUUGACCCAGUUAAAUGGCCGCGGGUACAAAUGGAUGAGGACUUUCUCAGGAUUUCAAAGAUGUUCAACGCAAAAAGGUCCAUUGUCCGGGUGCCUAAGCUAGACCCCAAAUUAAAGAUUGCUGUUCUUGCUUCGAAGCAGGAACACUGCCUGAUUGACUUGUUACAUUCAGGGCAAGAUGGAAGACUUCCAGUUGAUAUAACUCGUGUAAUAAGUAAUCAUGAUAGAGGACCAAACACACACGUGAUUCGAUUUCUUGAAAGGAAUGGUAUUCCUUAUCAUUAUUUGCCCACUACCAAAGAGAAUAAAAGAGAAGAUGAGAUCUUGGAUUUGGUUCAGAACACUGAUUUUUUAGUUCUUGCCAGGUACAUGCAGCUAUUAUCUGGUAAGUUUUUGCGGAGCUAUAGGAAAGAUAUAAUUAACAUUCACCAUGGGCUUUUGCCAUCAUUUAAGGGUGGGCAUCCAUCAAAGCAGGCAUUUGAUGCGGGUGUGAAAUUAAUUGGCGCGACAAGUCACUUUGUUACUGAAGAACUUGAUGCAGGGCCUAUCAUUGAACAGAUGGUUGAGAGGGUUUCCCAUAGAGAUAAUAUGCAGAGUUUUGUGCAGAAAUCAGAGAACCUUGAGAAACAAUGCCUUGCAAAAGCUAUAAAAUCAUACUGCGAAUUGCGUGUUUUGCCUUAUGAGGAAAACAGAACUGUUGUAUUCUGA